UCCGGACUUAGCUAGGUGGCCAGGCGGGCGGGGCGCUGUGGCUCGGCCACGCCCCAGGAGUCAGGUCGCAGUUUCGGUGCCCGCGGGAGCGCGUGCUCUUCCGGCGGCCGCGCAGGUGAGUGGGGCCGCGAUGCGGCCACGGGACGCCGAGCCUCGCGGGGUGGGCCUUUCGCCCUGGGCUCACAUCCCCGAGCCGCCUCCCACCCGCAGCCAGGCUGAAGCGGGAGCACGCGGGCGCGCCGGGCUCCAGGGGCGGCGUGGGCGGGUUUCGCUGUAGCGACAGGUGCGGCCGGCUGGACCGCCGCCGUCCUUCCGGGCGACUGGUGGCGCCGCCCUCGCCACUUUCCUGCCUGGCCUGACCGGGACAACGGCCACCUUGGGGCGGAAGCCAGAGUGGAUUUUCCAGAGAAGAAGGCGAAGGCGGGACACGCACCGGGUGUGAAAAUCACAAAUGUCGUCAAGUGAUGGAAGGUCCAGGAUUCGGGACAGGGGCUAUAGUGAGGUUCCCAGGGACACACCUUGUCCAGACGGUACCAUAAGAACCCUCCAGUCUCUUCAAAGCAGUGAGCUGGCUGUCAGCGCAGAUCCUCUGCCUCCACCCCCUCUCCCAUUACAGCCACCGUUCGGCCCCAGCUUCUACUCAAGUGACACAGAGGAACCAGCCGUGGCACCAGACCUCAAGCCGGUAAGGCGCUUUGUUCCUGACUCCUGGAAGAACUUCUUCAGAGGGAAGAAAAAGGACCCAGAAUGGGAUAAGCCGGUGUCAGAUAUCAGAUACAUCUCCGAUGGUGUGGAGUGUUCACCUCCAGCCUCUCCAGCAAGACCAAACCACCACCCACCCAACUCUUACAGAGAUCCUUCCGGAGGGUCACAAGGCACCUUUAAUUCCCAGCAAGAGGCAGACGCCAUGUUUCCCCAUGACCCCUAUGCAUCCUUAGACCGACGCACGCAGACGGCGCUGACUUACAGUGAGAAGGUAGAGGAGUACAAUCUGCGGUACGCCUACAUGAAGUCGUGGGCAGGCCUGCUGAGAAUUCUGGGUGUGGUGGAACUGCUUCUGGGGGCUGGCGUCUUUGCUUGUGUCACAGCUUAUAUCCACAAGGACAACGAGUGGUACAACUUGUUUGGCUAUACACAGCCCUAUGGCAUGGGAGGUCUUGGUAGCCUCGGCAAUACGUAUGGAGGUUAUUACUACAGUGGCCCCAAGACCCCUUUUGUACUCGUGGUAGCUGGAUUGGCUUGGGUUGCCACUAUUAUUAUUCUGGUGCUUGGGAUGUCCAUGUAUUACCGCACCAUUCUUUUGGACUCUAACUGGUGGCCCCUGACGGAGUUUGGAGUUAACGUUGCGUUGUUUGUCCUGUACAUGGCUGCAGCCAUAGUCUAUGUGAAUGAUACCAACCGAGGCGGACUCUGCUACUACCCGUUAUUUAAUACGCCAAUGAAUGCGAUGUUCUGCCGGGUAGAAGGAGGUCAGAUAGCUGCAAUGAUCUUCCUGUUUGUCACUAUGAUAGUUUACCUCGUCAGCGCCCUGGUCUGCCUAAAGCUGUGGAGGCACGAAGCAGCUCGGAAACAUCGGGAGUUCAUGGAGCAACAGGAGAUAAAUGACCCAUCGCUAUCAUCAAAAAGGAGAAUGUGUGAAGUGGCCACCAGUAACCAACAGAGGGACCAAGAAGUCAAUUUCAAAGAAUUGAGAACAACAACAAAAAGGACUCCUGAGCUUCUGAGUGGCCACAUUCCUCCCGGCCACAUUCCUAAGCCCAUCGUGAUGCCUGACUACGUGGCAAAAUAUCCUGUGAUUCAGACGGAUGACGAUCGAGAACGCUAUAAGGCUGUGUUCCAAGACCAGUUUUCAGAGUACAAAGAGCUGUCUGCAGAAGUGCAGGCCAUCCUGAGGAAGUUUGAUGAGCUGGACACUGUGAUGAGCAGGCUGCCACAUCAUUCCGAAAACCGCGAGGAACAUGAAAGAAUUUCAAGAAUUCAUGAAGAGUUUAGAAAAAAGAAGAAUGACCCUUCGUUUCUGGAAAAAAAGGAGCGUUGUGAUUACCUCAAGAACAAACUUUCUCACAUAAAGCAAAGAAUCCAAGAAUACGAUAAAGUGAUGAAUUGGGAUAUGCAAGGUUAUUCCUAGACACUGUUAUUCACUGUGUUUGUAUGUCGGUCUCAUGGGUGGGAAGCAGCCACUUCCAGGUCAUCUUUUGCUUGGUUUAAACAUAUCCUAGGUAAAACAGUGUGAUUUUAUUCCAGCAUUUCAAAACAGAUUCAAACCCACAAGGGCCUUUACUGAGAUGAGAGAGACAGUGUAUUCAGCUGUGAACAGUUUAAUGUUUUUCUCACUAACAAGGACUUGAAGCCAAGAUCAGUUGUCACACUCUGUGAUCUUGGGCAAGUUGAUCAAUCCUCAGUGCCUGUUUCGUCUGUAAAGUGAUACCUACCUCAUAGGUCAGUUAUGAGACUAUAUGUGCUCAUCUUUAUUUCCCAAGCAUCUGCAGGAACAGAGCCAGCCACUACAAAAGAAGCACAUUCGUGUGGAGAGUGCUGGAUGAGCUCCACAGGAUGAGUCUCAAGAAGCAGUCCUUAGUGAGCCAGUGUCCACAGCUAACCAAAGGCGAGUUUCCCAUAAUGCCCUUGUGCUUUCACCUUUAGCACAGGUAGCCUUAAGUGGAAGUUUCACUGUUGCCUGUGACCAGUUACGGCCCCUCAGGGCCUCCACGUCGGUCAUCAGGGUCACUGUGCAUAGAUUCCCAUGUCCCACAGCUCAUGCCAUGUGCACAUGAGAACACCACCUUUCAGUUCACUUAGAUUCCCUCCUGGGAUUCAUUAGCACUCUUCAUCUUACCCAGAAUCAUCUUGGCUGAAAUUUUGUCUGUGAGAUAUGUUCUGCUAUUUUUUUAAAAUGAAAAAAAUUUGUAAGAAAUAUGUUUUAAAGGAAAUUGUUGGUGGGCUGGGGCUAAGGCUCAAGGGUUGAGGAUUUCCCUUCCAGGCAUAGAUGAGGGCCUGAUCCACAACACCAUUUAAAGCAAACGAACAAACAGCAUCAACAAAAAACAAAAAACCCAACACUUCCUUUGAUUUCUAUUCAGGAGAAUCUAUCCAGUAAUUUCCCUGGUGUGGAAUUACAGUUUCCAUCCACUACAGCUUCCAGUCAAACAAUUAACCAAUCAAUGUCCAAAGGGUUUUACAAAGUAGUGAAACCAAAGUAAUGAAUGGAGCUGGCAGAGGCCUGGAAAGUUCUCACUGCUGAUGACCCGCUUUUUUUUGGUCAGUGAAUCUGGCGAUACUCUUGCAGACUAACUUUUGUAGUGAGACCUUGUCUCAGAACACAGAACAAAUACAAAUAAAAUAAAGAAAGGAGAAAAAAAAAAGCCGGGUGGUGAUGGCACUUGGG